UAUUAGCACCAGGAAGUUUACAUUUCUUGCCAGUAUGGAAUGGAUGGAAAGAUUGGCUGCUGUUUAAAAGGAUUAUAAAGCACCAUGGGUAACACCGAGAGUGUGGCGGUGCAGAAGCGCCUGGCCCGCUUCCGCCCCGAGGAGCGUCCUGUGGUUGAGGGAGUCUUCGACAAACUCCAGGGCGGUGCUGGGGGCCCUUCAGGAGCCCCAGAGAAAACACCACUCGGGAAGACUCUAACGCUUGAGAUGCUGCAGUCCUCAAUGGGCAGCCUGGCACCAGACUCCAUGGUGAGGAGGGUCUACCAGUGCAUGUGUAGUAUCGACCUCGGACUGGCAGCACCCGGAGCUUCUGGGAAGACCAGCACCUCUGUUGCCUCUGGAGUAUGUCGAGAGCAAUUGGUGAUCUUCCUAGCAGACACCCUGCGAGGCACUGCAGAAGAACGUGCUCCUCUCAUCAUGGCCAUGACUCAGCGUGGAGCAGGGCCAGCAAUGGUUGUCACAUGUGAGCAGGUAGCAGAGUUCCUCCAGGACCUGAUUUCUACUGUAGUUCAGAUUCUGGUCCACAGAGGGCGCCUGCAGGCCUGGAAGCCAGAGAGAAUGGGUGAUGGUUCCCUGGGUGUCAAACUCCUAGCAGAGCAGAUGUGUUCUGAACUCAAACCCUCAGAACAGGGAGGUUGUGAUGUUUCCUGUUUGGAGGACUGGAUCUUCAGGAUCUCCCAGGUAUCGCUGUACCUUGAGAUGCUGGUAGCUGAGGGUCUGAAUGUAUCCCUGAGCGGCCGGCCGGCCCCCACCCUGCUGCCUCCCUGCAGGGAGACGCCCUGGAAAGAUCUCAGGUGUCUGCUGGACCUUCCCACCCUCAUGUUUCUGGCACCACAGUUGCCAGACAGCUACAGCGCCCCCUGGAGGCUUGUGUUUUCCACACGGCUGCAUGGGGAGAGCUUCACCAGGAUGGUGACCGGCCUGACAAAGUGUGGGCCCACCCUGAUGCUUAUCAAAGACACAAAGGGGCACGUGUUUGGGGGCUUCGCCUCCCACGCCUGGGAGGUCAAACCUAAGUUCCAGGGUGACUCCAGAUGCUUCCUGUUCACUGUGUGUCCCAGACUGAGAGUUUAUACAGCAACAGGAUACAACCAGCACUUCAUGUAUCUCAACCAGAAUCAGCAGACCAUGCCCAACGGACUGGGUAUGGGCGGUCAGCACAGCUACUUUGGCCUGUGGCUGGACAGCGAUUUUGGCCGCGGUCAUAGCCGUGCACGUCCCAAGUGCACCACCUACGGCAGCCCUCAGCUCUCUGGAGAGGAGGACUUCUCCCUGGACUCAAUGGAAGUGUGGGCGGUCGGAAAACCCCCAGAACCAGAGGAGUGUGAGGAGGGGGAUGGCAAGAAGAGUAUCCUGGAUGUGGAUCCAGAAGUCCAGGCCAUGAUGGAGAUGGCAGGGAAGACUCUACACAGUCAGGGUCUCAGAGAGCCGGAGGAAGAUCAGGAGCAGUGAUGGAACCCAAGGAGGCAGACCAUAACAAUCUGACUCUAUUGAGAAUCCCUGUACACCUGGUGCUCACACAAAUUGGGAUUUUAUCAUCUGACAUAGCUAGAUAACAUUUACACCUGACUUGAGAACAUGUCUCCAGUAUACAAUAUAGUGAUAUCAGCUUUCUCUUUCCCUGCCUUUCAUUCAGUGUGGUCCCUGCAACAAACACAAAGCAGCUUCUUUUAAUGACACACGGCUCUAAAGUUAUUGUCAUGUUUACACCGAUCAGCUGUUAAAGAUGGUGUUGGCUAUGGAAGAAGGCAGCUUAUAAGUGUUCUGUAAAGUCUAAUCUAACCUAUUCACACAUAACUGACAGCUACCAGUGUGCAGGCUUCAGGCCAGCUUUCAUCAUCAGUGUGAAAGGGAGCAACGUGUCAUGUUCACGCUGGUGUUUGAUAGAAACCAAACCGAAUGCAAUGCAUCCACAUCAUCUCUAUUGAAACCACAGAGGAAAGUAAGCACAACAACAAUAAGUUGAUAAUUAUGUAAAAUAACAGUAAAAUAUUACAUCAAAUUUUCCGAGAGUUAAGGAUCCUCUUGAGUCCAUUUUGAGAAAAGUCUAAUUGUGAAAUGCUGUGUGACAGAUUAUUUAAUUGAUACAAUAUUUAAAAACAUUUCGGUUUAGAUGACAGAAUCUGACAUCGGCCUGUUAGUCAGUCUCUUUCUAACUGGUUCAUCAUCUGAGCCAUUAAAUGUAUAUGUGAGCGUGUGACGAAUGACAAGAUUCUUCAUAAAUUGUUUAACCAUUUGAGAAGCUUAGGAGUCAUUCAGAGAACUAAACUACAAGAGAUUGACUGUUUAUUCAGGGAUUCUAAAUACUUCGUCCCUCCUCAAACUGACAGCUGUGGACAAGCUUUAUGAAUGCAAGACACACAACAACCCAUUUUACAGUUUGGAUGUUUUUACGCAUGUAGACUGGAUGGGUGUACUCCCAGGCCCCCUCCAGGAUCCUUGAAAGAGUGAAGAGUUGGUCCGUUGUUCCACGACCAGGACGGAAUCCGCACAGGGGCUUC